AUGUCGCACACACUGCAACUAGACGCGUUCGUGUGUCGGCUCCAAGAAAGUGAAGGCGAUUACCGGACCAAACUCUCGAUUCUUUCAGAGUUGUUGGACACCAUUGAGACCUUCAAUGGUGCCUCGGAGUACGAGUACUUUCUCAAGAUCCUUAUACCGAUUUUCCUCAAGGAGCUAGAUGAAGUUUCCAUCUCGUUUGUAUCGACGAGCCCCGAGCAGAAGUUGAGAAACAGUAUACUCGAAAUUUUGCAUCGGUCCAUCAUGAAUGAAACUUUCCAGCCUUAUGCAAACCAGAUCUUGGAGACUUUGACCAGUAUGCUCACGAAGGAGAAUGAGGAGAACGGGGUCUUGUGCAUGAAGAUCAUCACUAGCUUGCACAAGGCGUACAAGGCCAAGCUUGCUGAGAAGGUGCAACCGUUUAUUAAGAUCAUCGAGCAGAUUUACGAUAACAUGGACGAAUCUGUGAAGGAGGUCUUUGCCGAUGACUCUACGAGUAAUGCUGCUGCUACUGCCGGCGCGGGUAGUGCAGACGACAAUAAGGAAGAUGCCGAUGAAGGAAAAGUAAUGUCGCCAGCAACCUCGUUCAACGAGGAGACCCCGACCAAGUCAUUGCGGAAAGCCGUUUACUCGUUCAAAACGCUAGCAGAAUGCCCGAUAACAAUGGUGUCCUUGUACUCGUCCUAUAAACAGCUCGUGGCCACCUCGCUAUUGGAAUUCCUCCCCAAAAUUAUUCACAUUCUUCAACUUCAAGUUGAGCAACAGAAACAGUACCGUCAAGAGUCACCCAACGAAAUCGUCACUUCCAUCUCGCCAAAGAUCAAGAAUAGACAGGCGUAUAGCGAUUUCAUCUUGGGCCAAGUCAAAGCUGCAUCGUUUCUCGCAUACGUCUUUAUAAGAGGCUACGCAAGCCAAUACUUGAACCCGGAAGAGAGCAAAUGCGUGCCCGAUGUGAUUCUAAGACUAUUGCAGGAUUGUCCCGCAGAUUUGUCGGUGGCCAGAAAAGAGCUCUUGCACGCCACAAGACACAUUCUUUCGACUCCAUUCCGAACCCAGUUUAUCCCAAAGUUGGAGUUGCUCUUUGAUGAGAAAAUCUUGAUUGGUGAUGGCUUGACUUCGUAUGAAACGUUGCGGCCAUUGGCGUAUUCCACCGUGGCUGAUUUCAUCCACAAUGUGAGAAACGAAUUGUCGCCUCCUCAAAUUUGGUCAACGGUCAACAUUUACUGCGACCUUUUAAAAGACGAUUCUUUGGCGUUGACCGUGCAAAUCAUGAGUGCCAAGCUACUCUUGAAUUUGGUGGAAAAGAUUAUGAAACUCCCAAACAAGUUGGAAGGCAGACAAUUGUUUUUGAUUAUUAUCGAUUCAUAUGCCAAGCGAUUCGAGAGCUUGAACCGGAAAUACGACUUCAUCAUCUCCAAGCACGAAGACCACGAAAAGAAGAAACUUGCAAAGGAAGAAGACUCCAAGUUGGCGAUUGAGAGGUACUCGUCGAAGCGGGAUAGAAAGGAGAGUCAAGUACACAAGGUGGAGGAAAAAGUCAAUGAUGAUAUGGAAGUGGAAAAACUGGAUGCUGAAAAGGAAGAACCCCCAAAUGCAGAUGCAGAUGCAGACCCCCAAAAGAGACAAGAGGCUUCUCCUUCUACAGGAUCGGAGCUCAAUAUCUUUAAUCUCGACUAUUACUCGCCCAUCGCUACUUCUUCCGUUUUGAACAACUCGGAUGUGCUCAAAGACGCGCGGUACCUUUUCAAGACGUUAAUGACUUUUUUGAAAUCAGUGGUGUUUGGAUUAAAGAAUUGCAACCCGCCGGUUCCUCCACAACCAGUGUCCACUGACCCUAGCAAACAACAGCAAGUCAACUACGACAAAUGGAACGAUUCGGCAAAAUUAAUCUCUGUUGAAGAAGUCAGCAUCUUGCGCUCUUUGUUCCGAGGCGGCAUCAGCUGUCUCAGAUUCUUUGCCGCUUCUAAACCGAAAAUUGCCGUGCCUCAAAAGGCGUUUGAUUAUUCAACGGGGGGCACCAACUUGCCCAUCACGUCUUCCAAAGAGGAAAAAGACUUGAUGGAGAUAUUCGCCACCAUCUUUAUCAACAUCGAUCCUGCCUCGUUCAACGAAAUCGUCAGCAACGAGUUGCCAUUCAUGUUUGACUCGAUGUUGGAAAAUGCCGCGCUAUUGCACUUGCCGCAGUUUUUCCUCACGAGCGAAGUCACCCUGGCCAACUUCUCGAGUAUAUUGAUCUCGUUUCUCAAAAACAAUUUGGCUCAAUUGGGCAAAUCAGACAUUGUUAAAACUAGCAUAUUGACUAGACUAUUCAAACUCUGCUUCAUGUCGGUGAAUUUGUUCCCCGCGACAAAUGAAGCGGUGUUGCUACCGCACUUGAACUAUCUCAUUUUGGAGUCGUUAAAAUUGAGCACGAUGACCGAGGAGCCCAUUGUUUACUCAUACCUUGUGCGUUUAUUAUUCCGCAGCAUCAGCGGCGGCAGGUUUGAAAACUUGUACAAGGAAAUCAUGCCCAUAUUGCCUAUACUUUUGGAAAAUCUCAACAAGAUGAUUGCUAACGCCAGACGGCCAUAUGAACGGGACAUCUAUGUUGAAUUGUGCCUCACAGUACCGGUCCGGUUAUCGGUAUUGGUUCCUCACUUGAGUCAUUUAACGAGACCGCUUGUUUACGCGUUGAAUGGCUCGCAAGAGCUAGUUAGUCAAGGUUUGCGCACUUUUGAGUUGUGCGUGGACAACCUCACUGCUGAGUAUUUCGGCCCCGUGAUUGAGCCGGUCAUCGAUGACAUCAUGGCUGCCUUGUGGAAACAUUUGGAGCCCGUUCCCUACCAUCAUCAGCAUAGCCACACCGCGAUCCGGAUAUUGGGCAAAUUGGGCGGAAGAAACCACAAAAAGAUUAAGUCUUGUGAACAUCUAAACACGUUGAGUGACGUUGACCAGCAGAUCAAGGCGUUGGUCCAAGUCUAUGGCUUAGGCGACAAGCUUCCCUUGUCGGUUACCCCGGGGAUCGAGUCAGCUAUCAAAUUGUUGGACGACCCGAGGUUGAAAAUGCACUACCGGGUAAGUGCGUUCAAGUACCUUGCCAGUAUAUUGAAGCUAUUCAUCAACACCACGCCCAUUCCGGACAACUUUGUCCAAUACGCCCACGAGAGCGUUGAGUUUUUGAAAAAGGAGAAAAUCGAAGAUCUCGACGUUCAGUUGCAGCCGCUGGAUAUCAAAGAUGCUGAGAAAUUGGAUCGUCAACAACAGUUGUUUGCCAAGUUGCUCGAAAAGCUCUUUUAUGCAAUCUCGGUUCCAGAGUUGAACCAAGAGGCCAAAGAACUCAUCGAUGGCUUAACCGUCCAUUUCACCUUAUUGCAUCUCAGCAGCUCCGUCAUUGACAAGAUCAAAAAGGAGCGCAAAUUUUCGGUGCAGGAUAACGAGGGCAAGGCCUACAUCAGUGAAAACGCGUUUCUCAGUGCCAUUACUUUUGCUUUAAGCUUUUGGGAUAAAGACGUGCGCCAGAUGGGGAUAGAAGUAGUCAAAAGAAUUUACGACACAACGGUGACCACUUUUGGCUCUGAAGAAAACGCGUUAUAUUCAUCCAUCUUUAGGUCCUUGUUCUACAAGUUCACCCACUGCUGUUACAACGAAUACUACAACGUGAAACUAGGCGGCGUGAUUGGUCUCCGCACCAUUUUCCGCGACUUGAAUAUCCCUCAUUCGUGGUUUUACAAGAGACAGUUUGAGCUUGUUCGUGCUUUAUUCUUUAUCCUCAGAGAUACGCCCGACACCGCCCCCGCUGAAGUCCGCGAAGCGGCCAAAGAAUUGGUACUCGAAGUCUUGCGGAAAUGCAACGGCGAUCUCACAAAGGAAACCGUGAUGGACAAGCCCUUUCAGACGCUUGUAGGCGCCAUGGUCUACGAUUUGGCUAGCCCCACGCCCGCAGUGAGGGAAGUGGCUCAGGAAUGCUUAAAAGUGUUGUCUGAAGUCACGUCAACUCCAGUGGCGUCCAUCAUUGGACCAUGCAAGCAUUUGCUUUUAACUCCAAUUUUUGGGAAACCUUUGCGAGCUCUUCCGUUUCCGAUGCAAAUUGGGAACAUUGAUGCAAUUACAUUCUGCUUGGGCUUACCGGAUACCUUUUUGAGCUUCAACGAAGAGUUGAACAGGUUGUUAUUGGAAGCGUUGGCGCUAGUCGACGCCGAGGAUGAAUCGUUGGCCAAUGUCCAUCGCUUGAGCGAGUAUCGAACGUCGAAGCAGUUGAUUGAAUUGCGAGUGGUUUGUAUCCGAUUGUUGUCGUUGGCGUUAUCGAAACCAGAUUUCGCCAUUGGCUCCUUGGCUGAGGCCAGGAUCAGAAUCUUGGGGGUGUUUUUUAAAGCCUUGUGCAACAAGUCCACCGAGAUUAUCAACGCGGCGCAUCAGGGACUUGCGUCUAGCUUGCAAGAAAACGCCAAAAUACCCAAGGAGUUGUUGCAGAAUGGGUUGCGUCCGAUGUUGAUGAACUUGUCCGACCACAAGAAAUUGACGGUUUCGGGCCUCGAGGCACUUGCACGAUUAUUGGAAUUGUUGAUCUCGUAUUUUAGAGUAGAAAUUGGAAGGAAAUUGUUGGACCAUCUCAUGGCGUGGGCUCAAAUCAAUACACUCCGUCAAAUUGCCGGUCAGAACUUGGGCAACAACCACACUGUGCAAGUGGUGAUGGCCAUAUUGAACAUUUUCCAUCUAUUACCCGCCAAGGCAUACACAUUCAUGGAGGAAAUCAUCAACACGUUGCAAUAUUUGGAAGGACACUUGGAUCGUCAUCAGGACUCGCCAUUUAGAAAACCAGUCUCGAAAUUUCUCAACCGGUUUGCUGAGAACUGCAUCGAGUAUAUGGUGAAGAAUUUCAAGAAUAGGAAAUUGGGAAACAUGCUUGCCUCAAUUGCCGGCACCGAGGGUUGCGAAAAUCUCCGCAAAGCUGCUCUGGCCCAGAUCCAAUUCUUGGCAGGCGAUCUCCGUGCAGAAACCGACCCUGAGACCAAGGUGGUUAAAUUUGCAAACUUGAUUGACCUUGUCGAUGCUAUUGCCAUCCACGACAAGGAGUGGUUUGGCAACCAAAAGGAUUUGCUCAUUGGAUUAUCUGGAAUUGUAGGGGACAUCAACGAGAUAACGCAAGCACCAGUGUUGACGGCUGCUCAUUUUCAAGGCGACCAAGCUACUGCCAAGUUGCAGCAUCUCGUAGUGGAGUUUUUAAAAGGGAAUGCCAAGAAUGCCACCGAUCUUCUUUUCAUUGUCGUUGAUCGCCACUGUCGCUUGAAGCGCAAAAUUACCAAUGAACUAGAAGAUUAUAUUUUUAACGGCAUUGUCGCUUCGAGCGACUUGGAGUUGAGAAACACGUAUUUGACCAAGACUAUGGAGUUUGUUAGCAACUCCAAUCACUCGUUAAAGUCCAAGAUUUUCUUUUUGAAGAAAGUCUUUGGCCCAAUUUUCAUUUAUGAAUCUGUAAAGACCGGUAACGUGGACAUAUUUUUCAAAAGUGGUGAUUCCGAUGAAGGAGAGACACCUGCAUGGCUUGCCAACCUCAACAACAACAUUUGGAAAUCUCAAAACGAUGUUAUAACGGGCCACACCUCGGGCAAGUUGGACAGCUACCGGUACGCGCUCUUGGAGAUUACUGCGUUGCUUUUGAAACUCGCUUCGGUGCAAGUGGGCAAGUUGCGCAAAGAGAUUAUCAAGUUUAGUUGGAACUACAUCAAGUUGGACGACAACAUUACCAAGCAAGUUGCAUAUGUGACCACGUCUUAUUUCAUUGCUGCAUACGAUACACCUGGUAAAUUAGCGACGCAGGUCUUUGUGGCGUUAUUGCGGACCCAUCAGACCGACUCCAGGAAUUUGGUUAGACAAGCCUUGGACAUCUUGGCGCCGGUAAUGUCGGAACGAAUGAAGGACGAGUCGCCCGACAGUUGGUUGAAAUGGCCGCGUCGUAUCAUAUCCGAAGAUGGCUUUAAUGUCACCCAAGUGUUGAACGUCUACCAAUUCAUCGUGCAACACCCGGAUUUGUUCUUUAUAGCACGAGAACACUUUAUUUCCAACAUCAUUACCGCCAUGGGCAAGUUGACUAUAUUGGCUAAUCCUGCUAUCGAGAACCAGGUUUUGGCUAUCGAGCUUGCCGAGUUGAUUCUUUAUUGGGAAAGGAAGGCCAAGGAACAAGGGGAUAGGAAAAAGAUAGAAGCGGGAGAAGACGAUCAGCAAAUGGAAGACGAAGAUGAGCAGCAAAAAACAAAAGAGGAGAAGAACCAGGCGGACGGAGAGAAGCAACAAGAAACGCAACAAGAAACGCAACAAGAAAAGCAAGGAGAGGAGCAGAAGAAGGAAGAAGAGGAAGGGAGCAAGGCAGAUGUCGUAAAUGAGGAGAUCAAGAAUGCAGUUAAGGAAGUGAAAGAAGAAGAAAAAAUAGGAGGAGACUUUAGCACUUCUGCUUCCUUCUCGGUUCCUUUUGGUCAACGGGAAGCAUGCGUUACGUUUUUGAUUAGAUAUGUCUGCAUCAGUCCGCAAAGAGCAUCUGAAAGUGAAUUGGGGCAAAAGGCAUUGGGCAUUCUUUACGACUUGCUAAGUCCAGACUAUUGGCCAGAGGUGACAAUCAAAUUGAGCUUUUUUGAGAAAUUCUUGCUCUCAAAUGACCUCAACUCGAGCAACUUGAUAGGCUACUGUUUGAACGCGUUGGAAGUGCUUGGAGUUGUAUUAGAAUGGAAAACUCCCGAGUGGAUUGUUUCCAGCAUUUCCUAUUUGCACAAAUUGCUCGAAAAAUGUAUCAAAUCGGAAAACCAUGAUAUUCAGGAAGUGUUGCAGCGAGUCUUGUGCACAAUCUUGGAAGCGAUAAACGAUCAAAGAGGCACAGAGGAAGAGGACGACGACGACGACGACGACGACGUCAAGGAAUUCAUUAACAUGUUGACCACGUCUGUGUCUGAAGACUUGGGUGAGAUGCCCUCAGUGGCCGCUGGCGUUACUUUAGCAUGGACGUUGGCGCAGUAUAGACCGGCCACAUUGGACCCGCUCCUUCCUACAAUAAUGAAAACUUUUAGUAAGCUUUGCAAAGACCACAUAACAAUCACGCAUCAAGGAUCACAAACAUCGUCAUCCAACAAGGACAACACUAGUCAGGAGUUUGAGGCCAAAAUGACAACCAAACUUUUGGAAAAAAUCUUAAAUUUGUGCUCGAUGAGAAUCUCGAACCUUGGUGACCAGAGGAGAAUCUUUUUAUCCCUAUUGGCCCAAUUAAUUGAAAGGAGUUUGGACAAGGAAACGUUGGAGAAGAUUAUCAAGAUUGUGAAAAACUGGGUCUUUUCAAGGACAGAUUUAUUCCCGACUACAAAGGAAAAAGCGGCAAUCUUGACCAAGAUGAUGGUUUUCGAAGUUAGAGGUGAACCAACGUUGUCAAAGGAGUUUUACCAGAUCAUUGUCGAUAUUUUUGAAGACGAUUCUUUUAGCUGCACCGAAUUGACGGUUAGGAUGGAGCAGCCAUUCAUGGUUGGAACAAGGUCGCUUGACGUGUCAAUCAGAAGGAAAUUGAUGUCUAUUUUGAACAAUAGUCUUGAAAAAGACAUUGCAAAGAGAUUGUACUACGUGAUACGCGAGCAAAACUGGGAGUAUCUAGCCGAUUACGACUGGUUGAACCAAGCCUUGCAGCUAUUGCUUGGUUCUUUCAACAUGGAUGCGAAGAUUGAAUUUGCAGCCAAUGAGAACAAGUUGGCUCCUAUUGGGACAUUGCCAAUCUCGUCAUCAACCGACAACAUGGAAGUUGACUCGAAUCAAGAGUUGAAGGAAAUGUUGGAAAAACACGCGGGUUUUUUGUCGAGGACCAGUGCUUUGAAGGCGUCCGACGUGUUUGAACCAUUGAUUGACAUGUUUUAUCAAAGCAGCGAGUCGAUCCACAAAACAUGGGCCUCAAUUUUCCCCGUUGCAUUCCAAUCGAUUCCGAGAUCGGAGCAUUUGGACUUUACGCGAUUCUUGGUGAUUUUGUUAUCCAAAGACUAUCACACCCGUCAAACGGACAUGCGUCCCAAUGUGAUUCAAUCUCUUUUGGAAGGCAUUGCGCGCUGCUGGAACUUGCAACUUCCGCCGUUUGCUGUUGAGUGCCUCGCGGCAAAUUAUGAGUCGUGGUCACAGGGACUCCAUAUUCUUGAACGCAUGAAUGAAGAGUCUGUCAAUGCAAAUGCAGACGUUCGUGAUGUGAUCCAGGAUGCGUUAACCAAGCUUUAUGCCACGCUCAAGGAAGACGAUAUGUUUUACGGCAUUUGGAGGAGAAGAGCCAAGUACAAUGAGACAGUGAGCGCGUUGUCGUAUGAGCAAAUUGGGCUCUGGGACAAGGCACAGCAGUUGUACGAGACUGCGCAAAUCAAGGCUCGAAGCGGUGCUUUGCCAUAUGGCGAGUCCGAAUAUGCAUUGUGGGAAGACCAUUGGAUUUUGUGUUCAGAAAAGCUCCAGCACUGGGACAUUCUCACCGACCUAGCAAGGCACGAAGGUUUCUCUGAUUUGUUGUUGGAGUGUGGCUGGAGAGUUGCUGACUGGUACAGCGACAGGGAAACGUUGGAUCACACCGUGAAGAACGUUAUGGAUGUUCCAACGCCUCGUCGCCAAGUGUUUGAGACGUUUUUAUGUCUACAGGGAUAUGGUCAGGAAAAGGAAACGCUACUGGAUUUGUCUCGAUUGUGUGACGAAGGGAUUCAGCUUGCGCUUCGAAAGUGGCACGGCUUACCGAAAAGAUUCACCAAUGCGCACAUCCCACUUCUUCACACUUUUCAACAGUAUGUUGAGUUUAUGGAAGCUAGUCAAGUGUAUUCCAGUUUGGUCAGCACCAAUGCUCAGAAUUUGGAUGUCAAAUCGCAAGAGUUGAAGCGAGUCUUGCAGGUGUGGAGGGAAAGAUUACCCAACAUCUGGGAUGAUAUCAACAUUUGGAACGACCUCGUUACUUGGCGUCAGCACGCGUUCCAAGUCAUCAACAAGGUGUAUAUGCCGUUUAUCCCCGUUUUGCAGCAAUCGAAUUCUGGAAGCAACGCCAACUCCUACGCAUAUCGAGGUUUCCAUGAAAUAGCCUGGGUCAUCAACAGGUUUGCCCAUGUAGCGAGAAAGCACAAUAUGCCUGAGGUUUGCAUCAAGGAGUUGACAAGAAUAUACCAAUUGCCGAACAUUGAAAUACAAGAAGCUUUUUUGAAAUUGAAGGAGCAGGUCAAGUGCCACUACCAAAAUCCAAACGAGCUCAACACUGGUCUCGAUGUUAUUAGCAACACAAACUUGGUUUACUUUGCAACGCAACAAAAGGCUGAAUUUUUUACGCUCAAGGGAAUGUUUUUGAACAAGUUGAACCAAAAGGAUGAAGCAAACAAGGCAUUUGCCACCUCGGUUCAAAUCGACCUCAAUUUGCCUAAAGCCUGGGCCGAGUGGGGUAUGUUUAACGAUCGCAGAUUCAAGGAGAACCCUGACGACAUGGUUUAUGCCAAUAAUGCAAUCAGUUGCUACUUGCAGGCAGCUGGAUUGUACAAAAACGGCAAGACGAGGAAGCUACUUGCGAGAAUCAUGUGGUUGAUAAGCUUAGAUGACUCUUCGGGCACUUUGGCGCAAGCGUUUGAAAAUUUUAGAGGAGAAGUUCCCGUGUGGUAUUGGAUCACGUUUAUUCCGCAGUUGUUGACCUCGUUAUCGCAUCGAGAAGCCAAGUUGGCCAAGCAGAUCUUGGUGAGAAUUGCAAAGAGCUACCCGCAGGCUUUGCACUUUCAACUCAGGACAACGAGGGAGGAUUUUGCAGCGCAGCAGCGGCAAGCCAUUGAGUUGGCUCGUCAACAGGCUGCAGCUGCAAACGCUGCCGCUGCAAAUGCUGCAAAUACUGUAGCGGCUGCCAAUGCUGCCAAUGCUGGAAAUGCCUCUGGCAAUACAGUCAACGGUGGCAACGACAAGGACGGAAACGAUCAAGCAAGAACGGAUUCCCAGGGAGGACAACAGUCGCCCAAGUCCAAUGUCUCUCAAUCACUAUCGCCAGGACAAGGUGGCUCGCAACCACCGCAACCAUCGCAGCCAUCGCAGCCAUCGCAGCUUCGUGCACAAGCCCAGAUUCCUUUAUCUGUUCCCGCGUGGGUGCGUCAACCGUUGGAGCACGUGGAAGAAAUCAUGGCGAUAUUAAAAACCGCGUAUCCAUUAUUGGCGUUGUCAUUGGAAUCUCUUGUCGACCAAAUCAACCAACGUUUCAAGUGCACUCCUGACGAAGACGCCUACAGAUUAGGAGUGGCAUUGCUCAACGAUGGUGUCCAGUAUAUGAACAGACUUGGAAAUCCCAAAGACGAUGCCAAACUUCCACCAGUAACCGAGGCCAACAUCACCAGAUUUGCCGAGACUGUUUUGCCCAAGCAAAUCAGAGCUGAAUUUGAAAAAGAUUUGGUUCUUUCAAAGCCAAACUUGAAGACGUACGUUACAAAGUUGCGGAAAUGGAGGGAUCGGCUCGAGGAUAAAUUGGACAGAAGGUCAACAAAAGUCAACUUGGAGAAUUUGUGUCCACAUCUAAGCGAGUUUCACCACCAGAAAUUUGAAGAAAUUGAAAUACCGGGCCAAUACUUGUUGAACAAGGACAACAACAGUCAUUUCGUCAAGAUUGAGCGGUUCCUUUCCACGAUUGAUUUGGCUCGUGGCACCAAUGCGUGCUACAAGAGGUUGAGGAUCCGCGGCCACGAUGGAAGCUUGCACACAUUUGCCGUGCAAUUCCCAGCUGCUAGACAUUGCCGUCGUGAGGAGUCCGUUUUCCAAUUGUUUCGAAUCUUCAACGAUAGUAUAUCAAGAAAAGUCGAGACUAGACGGAGAAACAUCCAGUUCACUUUGCCCAUUGCCGUACCCUUGUCGCCCCACAUCCGAAUUGUCAACGAUGACGUUAGCGAUAUCUCAUUGCAGAAGAUAUAUGAAAGUUUCUGCAAAAAGAAUGGCAAGAGCAGGGAUGAGCCAUUUAUCUACACCGUGGACAAGUUGAGAGCCGCGUACGACCCGAGAUUGCCCAAGCCCGAUUUGCCAAGUAUCCGGGUUGAGAUAUUGAGUGCCAUUCAAACAUUGCUCGUGCCCUCGACGGUCUUGAAAAACUACUUCUUGGAGCUUUAUCCAAGAUUUGACGAUUUCUGGUUGUUUAGAAAGCACUUCACGUCGCAAUACGCCUCCUUCAUUUUCACCACGUACAUGAUGUGCGUCAAUGCCAGACAGCCGCAAAAGAUACAUGUCAGCAAAAACUCAGGAAACGUUUGGACUUCAGAUAUGCUCCCUUGUAAGAUCCCCAAUAGAGCAGCGAUUGACCCCAACAAUCCACAAGUGAAGCAGCCGACCCCCAUCUUUGUCAAUGCCGAACAAGUGCCAUUUAGAUUGACUCCAAACAUCCAAAAGUUGAUUGGGGAAAGUGGCUUGGAGGGGAUCUUGGCAGUCAACGUGCUUUGCACGGCACGCGCGCUCUUGGAGCCAGGUUCAGAUUUGGAGCAGUAUUUGACCUUGUUUGUUAGAGACGAAGUUAUAUCUUGGUUAGCGCAGAGCAAAGAGCACAAGCACGCGUCGAUUGCAGCCCAGGAUAAGCAAUUGCGAGACGUGGUCAAAGUCAAUGUUGAGAGUAUCACCAAAAGAGUGAUCAACAUGGGCCACAUUCCUUCCAAUGGGGCAGUCACCACGCAAAACAUGCUCGAGUUGAUUUCUCAAGCCGUCAAUCCUCGAAACUUGGCAGCUGCCGACACCUUGUGGAUGGGCUACUUUUAA